UACUGAAGCGUACGCAGAUAAAUGUCCCACAUACCAACGGGAAGCCAAGCUUUGGCACACAUCAUUUUAUGUUUGACCACAGCGCAGCAGAGAUGCAACACAGCAAAUUUUACAGGUGGAGGAUUGGAAAGAAGGAACACCAAGAGGGGUAAAGACAAAGAAACGUUUAAAAACUUUGGGAUAUCAAUCUAAAACGGAAAUGGUUGAUGUUGUGCCAGGACUACUCCUUUGUUUGGUGGCUGUGCAGACAAGUCAGGACGCCGGGAACAGAACCAGGACCAAAAACAACACCGACAUACCGGGUCCAAAAACCUUCAGGGGGUCAAUAAGCAAACUCAAUCACACAAAGCUUCUGCCCGGCCUCCAUCAUCCCAGUACACACCCUCGCCUGGAUGUUGACCUAGAGGACCCAGUGACAGCCUACACCACAGGAGUCAUCAGCACCUGGGUGAUACCUUCAUCAUACAUCCUUGCCAUGCUCGUGGGUAUUCCCUCUAACGCUUACAUUCUGGCCUUCCUCAGAGUCAGACUCAGAGCAACGUCAUUGUCUACAACAGUUCUUUACCUGAACCUGGCCUUGUCCGACUUGCUGCUCCUGCUUUCUCUUGGACUGCGGAUUCACUAUCACUUCAACAGAAACAACUGGAUAUUUGGGGAAACAUCCUGCCGGCUUAUUACGGCUUUGUUUUACGGCAAUGUUUACAGUUCUGCACAGACUAUAGCAUGCCUCAGUCUGAAGCGUUACCUGGCCGUGGUCAAACCGUUUUUGUACAGACAAAUGGCGAAAACUACACUGGCGGUGUGGACGUGUUUGGUCAUAUGGUUUCUGUUUGGAGCGGCUGUUGUGCCUGAGCUCCUGGUCAGGCAGAGCUACCAGGUUUCCCAGCUAGGAAUCACCACAUGUCAUGAUGUUCUUCCCCUUGAGGAAAAAUCCCACUCUCCACUGGUGCUAUUCAGACUAAUGCUGGUUUUUCUGGGCUUCAUUCUGCCCUUUAUGAUUUGCAUCUAUACCCAUGUGGCAGUGGUAUACCACUUGGGACAAAGUGCUUCUGACUGGAGACCAUUCAUCAGGGUCAGCACUCUGGUUUUUAUCAUCUUUCUGGUGUGUUUUUUGCCCAGUGGCAUCCUGCAUAUUGUCCACUACAUUCGCCUGGUAUCUACUGGGGAUGAUAGACUGUAUGGAUUCUAUAAAUUAGCAGUGUGUCUUUGCUGUUUUCACAGUUGUCUGGAUCCCUUCCUGUGUAUGCUCAUUUCCAAGACUGCAUGCUCAGAACUACAAUUCAUCUCCCUCCGUGGGACACCACAAAGACGAGUAGUUACAACAUGAGUCUGGAUGUUUAAACACAAGGAAAACAGAAAAAAAAGAAAAAAAAGAAAAAGCAUCUUUCCAGAGCAUUGUUGAGACACAAGAAGCCUACAACUUAUUCUGAUCUAACAGGACACGAGGACAAUCUACAGCAUAUUAGAUCCAAUACAACCACACAAUGUUAAGUUUGUAAAAAAUCUGAGAAGUAAUAUGCAAACUGUUAUUAUAAAAGGUUUAUCCUGGACACUGAGCAAAUUUACAAAUGUAGUAUGAAGAGGAAUGAAAUUCAAGAAUUUUGAUGGAAUUAACUUUAAUCCUUCUAAAUUUAAAGUUAUUCUAAAACGUGAUCAAGUAAUAAGUAUAUAAAGUAAUAUAGAAAUGUUAGAAAUAAGAAGAUGCAGCACGAAAACCAAUAAAACUGAGAAUUAAGACAUACAAUGGAGCAUGUUAUAAUGGUCAUUGAACAAUUUGCACCAUAAGGAAGUUAUGUAAAUUGAAUGUAAAUUAAUCUAGAUGUAUUUGAAACAACUUAAUGUUGUCAUUUUACCUGGCAGAGAAGUUGUUUAGUAUGCUGUAGGACAUCAUGGUAGUGCUUAGCUGUGGCUGGGUUCACUCCAGUCAACUUGGCUGUAGGGAGAAGCAGCGCUGCAAGUGUCUGCUGAUGAUCACCUGAGUUAAGAGCCUCGUUGAUCUCAGCUAUAGCUAUGAUGCCUGGGGGAAAAAAAAGGAAAACUAAGUUAAUUCAAUGUAUUCAAAUGUGCUCAAUUACAAAUAUCAGUUGUACAAGUCAAAGUGCAUGACUAUAUGUACACGUUGGUCAAAAAUCUGCAAGAUUUCCUUACGUUCAUGCUCUUCAUGGACCUGGACAUUGACCGUGUCAAUACACUUCUGUACGUCGUUCCAAGUGAGAAACUCUUGGCCUUUGGCAAGAGACUCAGCUCGCUGUUUGAUGAGCAUGUCAGCAUACCUGAGGAAAAGUGUCAUGCUAGUUUAAAAAGAUUUUAUGACAUCAGCUUAAAUAAUAAUGAAUCAAUACUAGUGAAUAUACAGAAGGCAGAGACACCUACAGAGAUCAUUAAAAAAACAUUUCUCAUGUAUUGUGACUACUUCAUGCCUGGACAACCUAAUACUAAAAUACUUUAAGUACUGAUGCUUUUAACAUUUGGCUUUUGCAAUAUUGCCACUUUCAGUUUUUCAGCAGUCCAGAUCCACCUGUCCUGUAGCCAUCUUACCUGUUGAGGUUGUCGUGUUCUAUGUUGGUAAAGCCCAAAGGGGAGUCUGUUAACUGCUCAAUCACAGCCUGAGGGUCUUUGGUGUCUAGCACCUCAUUCAGCACUGCUACUGCUGACAGCAUCUCCACAGCUACACUCAGUUCUUCAUGACUCAGUCCAGACUAAAAGACAAAUUAAAGUGCUGCAUCAAACACAUGGAUUUAUAUUUGACAACAAUAUACUGUAUAUCUGAUCUGGAGAACACAGAUGUAAACGUAGCCAUCUUAACAUGUAUGCGUUCCUGGAGCUAAAAUCUGAAGCAUGCUGUCUAACCCGUGGUCCUUGUAGCUGCAAACUGAAAAGCUCCGACUGGUAGAGGUUGGCAGCAGUUUGGUAGACAAUUGGCAGCUGUGCCUCAGGGUUCAUCAGCUCCUCCACGGUCUCCAAAGCAUCGCCAAGACGAAUGGCUGUAUUAAUCCUUGACACUGCUUCCAGUUCUGUU